AUGGGAACUAUGAGAGGUUUGUGGCUGAAAUGGAAGAUGCUAAAGCUUCCAUGGCGCAAAACCUUCCUCGUAGGCCAAGACCUCAACGGCAACACCUUCUGGGAGUUCAAGGACCAAAUCAAUGCGGGCCGUCUCCGUCGCAUUGUCAAGUACAACCACAAAACUCAUUUCUCAGACGUCAAAGUUACUCCGCAAUGGCAUCAGUGGUUACGAUACACACGACCAGACCCUCCAAGCAUCGAAGAACAACAAGGCGAUAUCGGGCGACAAGCACAGUUGAAAUACCUAGCACAGCAAGCAGACGAGAGAUGGGCCAGUAAGCCCUCAUUCCUGGACAAGCCACGGCAGCAGCCCAAACCAGCAACGCUACCUAAAGAUCCGGGAGGUUAUGCACCGCAGACAGAGCCAGAUGAGAAGGAGGGUGUUAGAAGUGCUGUGGACAAUCCCGUUCCCAUACCGGGUCCACCGAAGUCUACGAAAAAGGCUGAUCCAUGGAAGAAAGCCCAGGGUGGGAAUCCCAGUGAGAAAUGGCAGCCAGAGGCCUGGACACCUGGACCAGCCAAGAAGCGAUGA